ACUAUUUCGAUAGGUUCUCUCCACUCCAGUCAGCUAGGAUUUGGCUCAGACGAGAUCGUUUCCUGUCUGCUGCUGCUCCUGCUGCUGAUGCUGCUGCGCGUCCCCCCCUGUUGCCUAUGUUAAGAGAGAGAUAGAUGCAUACCCAAAACCCUGCAGCUGGGGUUCCCUGCACGGAGGCAGCACUGCGCAGGAGAGAGGAGAGAGAGAGAGAGAGAGAGGAGGUGGAGGAGGAGGGAGGGAGGAAGAAAGCGAGAGAGAGAGAGAGGAUCACAUUUGCCACAUCCCUGCCAAGGGUGAGAGCAUUUUACGCGCGAUCCAGUCGCCUGAUCUCCAGCAGCUCUGCUUCUGCCACCAGGACUAAUAUCACCAUGAAAACUUUCUAACUCUUUCUUUCGACAUAAGCUGAUUUUGUGCGUGGAGGAGAGAGAGAGGAAAAAAAAAACCAACUUUUACCACCAGACACCAUCUGUGCGGCAGGGGAAGUUAUCCCAACCUUCUUCUUGGUGCCAAUUAUACAGCCCUGGUGUGUUGAAGCCUGCCCGGUUGCCACUGACCCUGUUAGCCAGCUUUAAUGUCAACGCCCUGGCCCCAAAGUGAAGGGAAUUACCCCACUUUGAGUCUCCAAUCAGGAAAUGAAGAAGAAGACCACGGCAAAAUGCAGAGCUUGACUCUUUUUCAACCCAUGUGCUCUGUUCUGGGUCUGACUGCUCUUUCUUUCUGGUGAAACACAGAGUCGAGACCGUGUGGAUAAAACCCUAAGGGUUUUGACAUUUCAGCCUUACUGUCUUUUUUUUUUUUUUUUUUUUUAGUUUUUGCUCCUCUUUUGGCCUCAGUGCUUUUUGGAGGAGGCCCAGAUGAUGGGGUGGUAUUGCUCAGGCAUAUGCAGAGCCCUGGCUCUCCUGAUGCUCCUGUUUCCCUUGCGGGAGAGGGGCUGCUGGGGGUUGAAUCCUAGCUCUGGGGAUCUGGAGAAGUCCCCAAACUCUGAUCCAGACCCGUGGGAGGUCCUGCAAAGGCACAAACGCAGCUGGGUAUGGAACCAGUUCUUCGUAUUGGAGGAGUACACAGGAAAUGAACCGCUCUAUGUUGGCAAGCUCCACUCAGAUGUGGACAAAGGAGACGGCAAGGUGAAGUAUGUGUUAUCUGGCGAGGGCGCCACCUCCAUCUUCACCAUUGAUGAGAACACGGGAGACAUCCAUGCCACGAAGCGCCUUGAUCGAGAGGCACAAGCCUACUAUACCCUCCAGGCUCAAGCAGUAGACCGACUCACUAAUUUACCUGUAGAGCCCAGGUCUGAGUUUGUGGUCAAGGUCCAGGACAUCAAUGAUAAUGAGCCAAAGUUUCUUGAUGGGCCGUACUUGGCAGGGGUGCCAGAGAUGUCACCUUUAGGAACAAUGGUGGUGCAAGUGGCCGCCACCGAUGCAGACGACCCAACGUACGGGAACAGUGCCCGGGUGGUCUACAGCAUAAUCCAUGGACAGCCCUACUUCUCAGUGGAGCCCAAAACAGGUGUCAUCAGAACAGCUCUUCCAAACAUGGACCGGGAGACGAGGGACCAGUAUGUUCUCGUCAUCCAGGCCAAAGACAUGGUCGGCCAGAUGGGCGGCCUCUCCGGCACCACCUCCGUUACUGUCACGCUAACAGAUGUCAACGACAACCCGCCUCGGUUCACUCACAGGAACUAUCAGUACACUGUGCUGGAGUCGCUGCCGGUGCAAUCUGUGGUGGCCAGAAUCAAAGCGGCUGAUGCUGAUACAGGAUCCAACGCGGAGAUGGACUAUAGGAUCAUGGACAGCGACGGGCCUGGCAUGUUCAACAUAACAACAGACGAGGACACACAAGAUGGGGUCAUCAUCCUUCUGAAGCCUCUAGACUUUGAAACGAAGAGCGGCUUUUCUCUGAGAAUCGAAGCUACAAACAGGAAUAUCGACUCCAACUUCUUGAGUUUGGGCCCGUUUAGCGACACAACAUCUGUCAAGGUGACAGUGGAGGAUGUGAACGAGCCACCUGUCUUUUCCACACCACUUAGCAGGAUGUUUGUUUCGGAAGACGCCAAAGUGGGCAGCUCCAUCGGGAGAGUCUCUGCUCACGACCCAGACACCACCAACAAUGCCAUCAGGUACUCCAUUGACAGAAACACAGACUUGGAGCGUUUCUUUAACGUGGACGCUCUAAGUGGGGUCAUCAGCACAGCUAAGGCUCUAGACCGAGAGGCCAACUCCGUCCAUAACCUCACCAUCUUUGCCAUCGAGACCCAGGACCCGACCCAAAUUGGAAAAGGCAUCUCUCUCAUCACAGUGCAGGACAUAAAUGAUAAUGCGCCGGUCUUUGCCAUCGACUAUGAAACUGUCCUCUGUGAAAACGCCAUGCCAGGACAGGUGAUCCAGACCAUCAGCGCGGUGGACAAGGACGAACCCCUGAACGGCCACCGCUUUUAUUUCGCCCUGGCUGCACCUGUUGCGGGAAACCUCAACUUCACUCUGCGAGAUAACAAAGACAACACGGCAUCCAUAUUGACGAAACGAGGUGGUUUCAGGAGACGGGAGCAGCCGGUGUAUCGGCUGCCUGUGUUGAUCGUGGACAGUGGAAGUCCUGCCCUCAGCAGCACGAACACGCUCUCGGUGCGGGUGUGCGACUGUGACUCCGACGGCGUGGCCUUGUCUUGUGGAGCCGUGGCCUACACCGCGACUGGCCUCAGCACCGGCGCCCUCCUGGCUAUUUUAGGCUGCAUCAUUACACUUCUUGUGAUGGUUCUGCUAAUUGUGACAAUGCGCCGGAGGAGAAAGGAGCCUCUGAUUCUGGAGGAGGAGAGGGACAUCAGAGAAAACAUUGUCCGGUACGACGACGAGGGCGGGGGAGAGGAGGACACGGAGGCCUUCGACAUGGUUACCCUCCGCAACCUAAACGUCAUCAGAGACCCCAACGUGCGGCGAGACGUCACCCCGGACACCCCCACCUUCUUUCAUUACCCGUCAACUACUCGCCCGUCCUACAAAUCCCUGCCAGACAACGUUGUGUUUCGAGAGUUCAUUUGGGAGCGACUCAAGGAUGCCGACGUGGACCCGUCAGCUCCCCCGUAUGACUCUCUGCAGACAUACGCGUUUGAAGGCAGCGGCUCCGUAGCGGAGUCUCUAAGCUCGCUGGAGUCACUAAGUACAGACUCCGAUCAGAACUAUGACUAUCUGAGCAACUGGGGACCGCGUUUCAAAAAGCUGGCCGACCUGUACGGCAACAGUGACGGCACCAGCGUCUUCUCAUAGCCUCUAAAUGUGUCUCUUAACAUUUGUUGGACUUAAAUAAAUAAAAAUAAAAAAAUCAAAUAAAGAGUAAUUUAUUGCCAGAGAAAAUGAUUUUGUCUGCCUUAGCGCAUCGGAGGAAAAAGAUUCAGAGACAACACGAGAGAGGUUGAAAGAAAAACACUUUGACUUCAAAGGUUUUUGGUUUGUUUACCUCCUUGUAUGGAUUUUCGGAAAAGUGUGCCAUGGUGAGUUUCGACACAGACUUCAAAAAGUGGCUUGACUGAAGAAGAAACAUUGUGUGCAAAAAAAAAAAAAAAAAAAA